UUAAAAAAAAAAAACAAUUGCAACAUAUUAUUUAACCAGAUUCCAUUUAAUAGCCGCUUCACUCUCAAGCUCUCCGCCUACAAACACAGACAUGGUGGUCUCAGAUCAGAGCCUGUUCCACCACAGCCUGCUGACCCUCUUCCUCAUAGGACCCCCAACCUUCAUCUCCUGCUGCUUCCUCCAAGCACCCUACGGCAAGCACAGCCGUCCGGGAUGGGGCCCCACCAUUUACCCACCUCUGGCCUGGUUCCUCAUGGAGAGCCCAACCCUAUGGCUCACCCUCCUCAUCUUCCCCUACGGCCUCCACUCCUCCAAUCCCAAGUCCCUCGUUCUCAUCUCCCCCUUCCUCUUCCACUACUUCCACCGCACCUGCAUCUACCCGCUUCGCCUCCACCGCAAUACGGCUCGCCGGAGCAACGCCGCUAGUGCUGGCUUUCCGGUCUCGAUGGCAGUGAUGGGUUUUGGGUUUAAUACACUGAAUGCUUAUUUGCAAGCCAGAUGGGUGUCUCAGUACAAGGAUUAUGAGGGCGAUGGGUGGUUCUGGUGGCGGUUUUUUGGUGGGUUGGUGGUGUUUUGGGGUGGCAUGGCGGUGAACAUGAGGGCUGAUAGGGUUUUGGUGGGUCUGAAGAAGGAGGGUGGAGGGUAUAAGGUGCCGAGGGGAGGGUGGUUUGAGCUGGUGAGCUGCCCGAACUACUUGGGUGAGAUGGUGGAGUGGUUGGGUUGGGUGGUGAUGACAUGGUCUUGGGCUGGCCUAGGUUUUUUCCUCUACACGUGUGCCAACUUGGUGCCCAGGGCACGUGCGCACCAUAGAUGGUAUCUAGAGAAGUUUGGGGAGGAUUAUCCCAAGGCUAGAAAAGCUGUCAUCCCCUUCUUGUAUUGACACAAUUUGGAUGUGUAAUGCUUACUUUUCUUUUUAUUUUCAGCACUUUAUGGAAACUUGAUUUUUGCAA